CACCAAAGCGGUGUCAGGCGCCACAAUCAGUCGGGAGUCGAAACAGCAGGAGGCCAUCGGGCAAUGGGGGCUCGUCCAGUGCUGCUGCUCAUCUCAACCAACCACGACUCUCCGUUCCAACAGCUCCGAAUAUAUAAUAUAUAAACGGAACUGGCCGAAAGAGAAUAAAGGACGCAACUACGUUUGGUUCAGUCGGUGAAUCGCUGUUUUGCAAAGUCAAAUAUUACUUGACAUAAAACGAUACCAUUAAAUUGAGGGCUAGGAUGAAGCUCUUAUGUGUGAUCGGGAUGCUUUUGGUGGCGGACGCAUCUCCAAACCUCUUCAGAGUGCCUCUCUACAAGACCCGCACCGUGCGCCGCAUGAUGAGCGACCAGGGCCGGUCUCUUGAGCAGCUCCAGAACCUGGCCCAGAGCGACCCCUCACACACGGCCACCGUGGCCCCCCCACAAACCAAGCUGCCCGUUGAGAGAUUGACCAACUUUAUGGAUGCCCAGUACUACGGGGUCAUCAGCCUCGGCACUCCUCCCCAGGACUUCACGGUUCUGUUUGACACUGGGUCCUCCAACCUGUGGGUGCCGUCCAUCCACUGCCACUUCCUGGACCUGGCCUGUUGGGUCCAUCACCGCUACAACUCCAGGAAGUCCAGCAGCUACUCCCCAAACGGCACCCAGUUCUCCAUCCAGUACGGCCGCGGCAGCCUGUCGGGGUUCAUCAGCGGGGACACGGUCUCAGUGGCUGGUCUGGCCGUCCCUCAGCAGCAGUUCGGGGAGGCGGUGAAGCAGCCUGGGAUCACGUUUGCGGUGGCACGCUUCGACGGGGUGCUGGGCCUGGGGUACCCCGCGCUCUCGGUGGGUCGCGUCACCCCGCUGUUCGACACGGCCAUGGCCGCCAGGCUGCUGCCUAGCAACGUCUUCUCCUUCUACAUCAGCAGGGACCCGGCGGCGGCCGUGGGGGGGGAGCUGGUGCUGGGGGGGACGGACCCCACCCACUACAGCGGAGAGCUGCACUACGUCAACGUCACGCGCAAGGCCUACUGGCAGAUCAAGAUGGACACCGUGCAGGUCGGAGGUCAGCUGACCUUGUGUUCCAAUGGGACCAGUGGGACCAGUGACCGCCCUCAAACCCCACCUGGGACCAGUGGAACCAGUGGGACCAGUGACCGCCCUCAAACCCACCUGUAA